GAAUGUGAAUUGGAACUACUUUAUUUCUAGGUUUGCUGGGAUGGGUAAUCUUCUUAAGGUCCUUACCAGGGAAAUUGAAAACUAUCCACAUUUUUUCCUGGAUUUUGAAAAUGCACAGCCCACAGAUGGAGAAAGGGAGGUAUGGAAUCAGAUCAGUGCAGUUUUACAGGACUCUGAAAGUAUGCUUACAGACCUUCAGGCUUACAAAGGAGCUGGACAAGAAAUUAGAGAUGCAAUACAAAAUCCCAAUGAUAUCCAGUUGCAAGAAAAAGCAUGGAAUUCAGUAUGUCCUCUGGUUGUAAGACUGAAACGCUUUUAUGAGUUUUCACUCAGAUUAGAGAAAGCCCUGCAAAGCUUAUUGGAGUCCUUGACAUGCCCACCUUAUACUCCAACUCAGCACCUGGAACGGGAACAGGCUCUGGCAAAAGAGUUUGCAGAAAUCUUACAUUUUACUCUUCGUUUUGAUGAACUUAAGAUGAGAAACCCAGCCAUUCAGAAUGACUUCAGUUAUUACAGGCGAACAAUAAGUCGCAACAGAAUAAACAACAUGCAUCUAGACAUAGAAAAUGAAGUAAACAAUGAAAUGGCCAAUAGGAUGUCCCUCUUCUAUGCAGAAGCCACACCAAUGCUGAAAACACUCAGUAAUGCAACUACACAUUUUGUAUCAGAAAACAAAACAUUACCAAUUGAAAAUACAACGGACUGUCUAAGUACUAUGGCUAGUGUAUGUAAAGUCAUGUUGGAAACACCAGAGUAUAGAAGUAGAUUCACCAGUGAGGAGACACUUAUGUUCUGCAUGCGCGUAAUGGUGGGAGUUAUUAUUCUGUAUGAUCACGUUCAUCCUGUGGGAGCUUUCUCAAAGACAUCAAAGAUCGACAUGAAGGGAUGCAUAAAAGUUCUAAAGGAGCAACCACCUGACACUGUGGAAGGUCUUCUGAAUGCUCUCAGGUUCACUACAAAACAUCUGAAUGAUGAAUCUACUUCAAAACAAAUUCGAGCUAUGCUGCAGUAGUAUCCUGAGACAAGUAGGUGUUUGUAUUGAUCACAGAA